AUGCAUAGAUAUGGGGCUGUACCAUCAAGUUAUCAUCAGUGUGUUAAGGCUAAAUGGGGAAAGAAGACGGUGACAAUUCAGGCUACAGAAAGGCCGUUCGAGAUCCAUGAAGCUUAUUAUUCUGAUGCCAUCUACUUCACAAGACUGGCUGUCGAAGAAGUUCCCCCCACCUCUAAGCCUCGAGGGGUCAAAAUUCCUCGUUGGGAGGAUAUCAAAGAUGACAAGGAGCCGAUGGCAGAGUCAAUCACCGACUCCGAGUCAAAAGAAGAGCAUCCUGACAAUGAUAUAGUAAUAAAACCUGAAGUGGCUCCAGAAUGCAUGCAAGAUGGGCCGAAGCCUCAGCCUGAACAACUUAUCGAAGUAGACUUGAGUGAUGGACAAGAUGCACCGAGGCCGGUAUUCGUAAGUUCGAGCCUUAGCCCAGAGAAGCGGGAACAGUUGUUAAAGUUGAUAAGCCGAUACUCAGAUGUGUUUGCUUGGUCAUAUAAGGAAAUGCCCGGACUAGAUCCUGACCUAGUCUCCCACUAUCUUGAUGUGUUCCCAAACUCCAAGCCAAUUAAGCAAGCUGCUCGAAAAUAUCAUCCAGAUCUCGAAGAGAAGAUUAAGGAGGAGAUUGAAAAACUUCAACAGGCUGAUUAUGUUGAUGAUCUAGUGGUGAAAUCCAAGAAAGAAGAAGACCAUCUCCGAGACCUUGAGAAGGUAUUCAAGAGGUGCCAGAAAUUCAAAAUGAGGAUGAAUCCUCUCAAAUGUGCUUUCGGGUGGACGGCCGGGAAGUUCCUCGGGUUUCUUGUACAUAGGCAUGGUAUCGAGGCAGAUGAAGACAAGGUCAAAUCUAUCAGAGUAAUGCCUUCCUCGUAUUCUCAGAAGGAGUUAAAGAAGUUCCUCGGGAAGGUGUCUUAUAUUCGGAGGUUUAUCCCAGCACUUGCAGAGAUCUCUGCCCCUUUCGGUUCAUUGUUAAAAGGAGAUGCCAAGUUCGAGUGGAACCAGGAGCACCAAAAGGCCUUCGAGAGAAUCAAGGCGGCCUUGACCUCGCCUCAGACCAUGAUAGCCCCGCAGUCCGGGGUGCCCCUAAUGUUGUACUUAACUUCAACCUCCAAGCCCAUAGGGGCAUUAUUGGUCCAAGAUGUAGACGAAGCAGAACGCCCGGUGUAUUACAUCAGCCAGAAGAUUCGAGGAGCAGAAGUUCGAUAUACUCCGAUAGAGAGACAUUGCUUAGCUUUGGUAUUCAUCGCCCAAAAGAUCAGACAUUACUUCUUAGCACGUCAGAUUCAGAUUGUUACUAGGAGUGAUCCAAACCGAUACCUCAUCAGCAGGCCUGCUAUAACCGGGAAGGUGGCAAGAUGGUUGUUAGCACUGGGUGAAUUCGAGAUCACAUGUAUAGCCCCGAAGGCGAUUAAAAACCAAGCCUUAGCUGACCUCCUUGCUCAAAUUCCAAGUGGUGACUAUGAACCAGUGAAUGAAGAAGUAAGAGGAGAGGUGCAUGCAGCUAUGGCUUCCGAGGAAAACUUUUGGACAUUGACCUUUGACGGAGCAGCAGCCGGAGGUAAAGGAGGAACCGGGAUAGUCCUUACAAGAAAAAGUGGGGAAAAGUUAUAUUUGUCUUAUAAACUGGAUUUCCAUUGUUCGAAUAAUGAAGCUGAGUAUGAGACUCUUAUGUUAGGCUUGAUAGCAGCUGAGAAGCACAGUAUCAAGAAGAUUCGGAUUCGGGGGGACUCAAAGUCGAUAGUGAAGCAAGUUUCAGGACAGUUCGUCUUAAAGGAGCCUGCCUUGGCCACAUAUCAAACAACAGUCCAAAGGCUUCUUGACAAAUUCCAGAAGGUCGAAAUAGAGCAUGUGCCUCGUUCCGACAACAAGUUUUCAGACGCCCUCGCUAUAUUAGGGGCAGGAGUUGAUACCCCAGAGGAGGAGGCGACAAUUAUUAUCAAGAAGAGAAUAGAGCCUUCGAUAAUACCUGAAGACAAAGGCCUUCCGGAGGACUGGAGAGGAGAAGUCCUCGAACAACUCAAAAGCAAAGUUGGAAAAUUGACUAUGGCCAAGCUUGCCCAAUUCAUAAUUAUUCAAGGUGAACUUUACUUUCGAGGAGGUACCGGAUUCCUAGCCCGGUGUGUUGGCCAACAAGAAGCAAGUUUCCGACUACAACAGAUUCAUGAAAAAUCCUGCGGGGAUGGGGAUAUCAGUCUGUACAGAAAGAUCCAAAGACAUGGCUAUGAUGGUAUAUGA